AUGAACUUUCUCGGCCUGACUGCCAUCGAAGCACAAAAACGCAUCGACUCAUGUGCUGGGCCAACAGUCCACAAGAUCACAGUCGGUGCUGCUGUUCUACGCAAUAGCUAUGACCCACAGAGAGACACUCAAAUUCUGCUUCUGAAGCGUAGCGCUCGCGAGAAGUACUACCCGAAUGUGUUCGAAAUUCCUGGCGGCAAGGUCGACACUGGUGAAACACUUCUUGCUGCCCUAAUACGAGAGGUCAACGAGGAGUCAGGCCUAGCGGUCUCUAGAAUCCUAAAGCCUCUUGCUACAUUCAGCUACACCACGACAAAGACUGCAAAGGGUCCCAUGACUGGUGAUGAGCAAAUCAUUCAUCGCUACGCCCGACAAUUCAGCUAUGUUGUCACGAUUGAAGGCGAUGGCUCAGACUUCUGCGUUCAUCAGGCAGAGCACUCUGAAGGGUCAUGGUUCAGCGUCUCUGACCUUGCAAACAUUCCAAUGACAGAUGAGAUGAGAAAGCUUGUUGUUGAGGCACUCUCAGAAAAUAAGGACUACACAGACAAUACCUCAUAA